ACUAAAUCAUCUGUCCGUGUCUGUUGGUACUGACACGUCAUGUACCAGCUGUCUUCUCCCCACGUCUUGGUUGGAGCUGCCUUGCUGUGUGCUGCGUUCUAUCUUGUAUUCCAUGGCAGACAGCUGGGUCGUGGCCGUCGACUCAGGCUACCUCCUGGUCCGAAGCCUCUUCCGAUCAUAGGCAACGUUCACCAGGUUCCGGCGGAGUAUCAAGAGCGAGCAUUUGCACGCUGGUCCAAAACAUAUGGAGACCUCAUGUAUACCAAGAUGUUCACCAGGCCGAUCUUGAUCAUCAAUUCGCUGAAGGUAGCGAGAGAACUGCUCGACAAGAGGGGCAACAAGUAUUCGAGUCGGCCGCGGAUGGUCAUGCUAGUGAACUAUUGGGCUGGGACCCGGACGUGGUAACCCUUCCAUAUCACUCAGAGCAUCGUCGAAAGCAGCGCAGGUGGAUUCAAAAUGCUUUUGGCGACAA